CUACGGAAGACACACAUUCUCUCAGAUUCUCCAUCAAAAUUAUGCUUCUUCAGUUUUCCACUUGAUGUUUUUGUCGCCCCACUUUUUCUGUGGUGAAGGCUACUCAUCAUUCUUCUACAAAUUAUUUGUCUCAAUAAGCCUCUCCAUUAUACAUCUCCACACUCCAUCGUUUUUAAUCAUCUCCUUUACCAUUUCAUCUGUUUUCAUUUGUGCUUGCCCUUUCUCAUUUCUUUGUCUCUGAACUCUUUCUUGUUUUCAUCCCGAGCUCAUCUCCACUUCACUGCCUGCCUCUUCUUUUCUUUUUCUGUUCUUUUUCAAUGGAGGCUGAGGCACUUUACAGUUUCAGAGCGACUGAAUGUGAUGAGAUCAGUUUCCAGAAGGGUGACAUCCUGAAGGUGACAAACAUGGAUGAUGAUCCAAACUGGUACACGGCUGAGCUGUUUGGUGGGCGGGGCUAUGUUUCGAAGAGCUAUAUCAGUGUAAGACCUCACACGUGGUUUGUGGGUGGAAUAUCACGACAGGCUGCAGAAAAUCUUUUGAGACCGCUGGAGUGUGGAGCGUUUCUCAUCAGCGAGAGUGAGAGCACACCAGGAGAGUUCUCCGUGUCUGUCAGGAACUUGUAA